GUUUUUCUUUCCUUUUUUUGUGUAGUUUUGCAGCUCGGUCUGCUGAGCAGCUAGAUGCUCAUUCCUCCUCAUCUCAGCCAGAGACGACGCACAAGUAUGCUUAACGCCUGGAUCCUGCUGUUCUCCCUCAUCUCAGGGGGAGGAACGUUCAUGAUCCACAGCAGCCAGCACAGCCUCUGUCUGGAGGAGGAAGCAGAGACGGGUCACGUCCUCCUGCAGAAGUGCGACCUCAACUCCGACUUCCAGCAGUGGCUCUGGAUCAGCCCGGGCCUGCUGAUGUGCUCCGCCACGUCCAGAUGUGUGUCCUCUGGCCGGAGCGGGCCGGUGCAGGCUCGGCCCUGCCAGGGGCCGGACGUGGAUCCGGCAGAUUUAACGUGGGACUGUGACAACGGCAGAAUCAUCAGCAGAAACACGGGAGAGCUGCUGUCCGUGGACGGCCAGCGUCUCUCUCUCACCAAGCAUGGCAGGGACUAUAAGUGGAAGUCUCUGGAUCAGGGGGACAUCUGCCAGGAGAGACUCAGACUGAGGAGGGCUCCGGCCGGGGACCAGGACGAGUAUGAGGAUGAAGAGCUGGGAGAUGAUCUGCAGGGCAUGACGAAGGAGCAGAGGGAGUACCUGCGCUGGUACUACCGCACCGAGGACCCAACGAUGUGGAAGUUUGUGAUGCUGGGCCUGGCCUUCGUCUCUCUGCUCAUCGGGUUCCUGCUGCUGGGGAUGGGAGCCAUGGCCAACAAGAGCAGGAAGAAGAUAGCCAAAUACAAAGCAGCAGCGUCUCUGGUUAGGAGGAGUGAAGGGGAGGAGCUGAUCGUCACUUCUCAACCCAGAGACAACGGUGCAGCUUCCCCGCCCCUGCUGCGCUCCUCGUCCUCCGUCACCGAGACCAACGAGCUCAAGGCCGGAAACAUCGUGGUCACGUGGAAGGAUGGCAACACCUCACAACUGUACUCAGAUUCCGUAGAGGAGGAGAAGCAGGACGAGGAGGAGAAACACGACGAGGAGGAGAAACACGACGAGCAGGACCGGGAGGAGAAACGCGAGCAGGCAUCCGACGCUGAGCAGAGUGAAGCUGACGGGGUGAAGGAGAGUGAUUCCAGCUUGUCUCACGGUUUGUGAAGCUCCCUCCGAGUUCAGCUUUGACGACAACAUGACAGCAAACACUCACAAGGCUCAUGAACAGCCUGGAAACAAGGGGCUUUGGCACCAACCUGUGUGACCUGAUCACCAGCUUGUCUUCAUCUAGUAAAAAACACUGAUGAAAAAAUGUCCCUUUGGAAUGGAAGAGUAUCAGGGCCAGGCAGGAGAAAAAUAAUAAUAAUAUUUUAAAGGAGGAAGAUUUUUUCAUAAUGCACCUCGAGAAAAAAGUUGAAAUUUCGAGAAAAAAGUUGAAAUUUCGAGAUUAAUGUUGAAGUACAAUUUCGAGAAAAAGGUCGAAAUGUAUUUCAACUUUUCAACUUUAUUCACGAAAUUUCGACUUUAUUCUUGAAGUUGUAUUUCAACAUUAUUCUCAACAUUUCUACUUUUUUCUCUAAAUUUCAACUUUUUUCCUCGAAAUGCACAAUAAAAAAAAAAAUCUUCUCCUAACAAAUAUAUUUUCUCCUGCAUGGCCCUAAUACUCUUCGUACUUUGGUGAUAAAUAAAGUAUUACUGAACCGAAUAAUAUUGAAUUGAAUUGAACUGAAUCCAGAUUUGAUGCCUUUUGUAAACUGUGAUUCUGACCACAGUUUAUAUCUGUCUCUAAUGUUCAUGCAACAUAUCAAUAAAUCUGUUAAUCACACUGCUUUGAUCCUGAUC